AUGCACAUCUAUGCCUAUUCUGGUUUUUGGAGAUCGUCCAAAACAAAAGGGUGGAAGUUUCUUGUUGAUGAAGAAACAGGAGGUAGAUUACUUACUUUGGACACAAGCAAAACCUUUGACAACCUAAGAGUUAUGGUUUCUGAGGACUUUGGAACUGAUCUAAACUUGGUCAAUAUCGAGCUGAGUUACUUACCUUCCGAUUUGGUGAUUGGCCUCGACUCACCACCUGUUUUCAUCACCAAUGAUCGACAACUGCAAAAUUUUCUUACAUAUGUGAAGACCAAAGCUUCAACAAGGUUAUGUGUGUGUAUUCGAUCUAAGGUCGGAUUUAACUUGAAUGAAGAGCCUGCUGAGUUGCCUAACAGAGAGGAAGUGGGUAUGUCGGGUGAAGUUUCAGAUGAUAUUGAUGGUGAAGCUGAGCUUGAAGAAGAAGAUGCGAAGAUAGAUGAAAGUGAUGAUGAAAACAAGUGUGAGAAAGAUAUGAUCAACGGAAAGUAUGUCCGUUUUUCUCUGGUUGAUGUUUUGAAGAAGGGUCAACAUUUUACUAGCAAAGCAGCUCUGCAGGCAACAAUGGAAAUAUGCACAAUGAAACAUAAUUUUGACUACAAGGUUGGCAAAACAGAUAGAAGAGUUUGGUACGUUCGUUGCGCAGAUGAUGAUUGCCGCUGGCGUGUUCGCGCAGAGGGAUUAACAGGUUCUUCAUAUUUUAUCAUCAAAAAGUAUGUACCUGAUCAUUCAUGUUCUCCAUCAUCAAGGAACCACUCUGUUCGGACCGCUUCAUCAAAAACAGUUGGUAGUCUCAUUAAGCAUAAGUACGAAACUGUCAAGGAAGGGCCGAAACCUAAUGAUAUCAUCCAGUUUAUGCAUAAUGAUCAUGGAGUUGAGAUAUCCUACUCUUUAGCUUGGGAGGCACGUGAGUAUGCAGUAAAUGUUGUGAGAGGCAUUCCGGAGAAGGGUUAUGAAAAAGUUCCCAAAUACUUGCACAUGAUGAAGGAAGCUAAUCCAGGAUCACACACAUUUUACGAAACUGAUAGCAAUGGGAGAUUCAGAUUCCUCUUCAUCUCAUAUGGUCAGUCUAUUCGCGGUUUUUAUGCUGCCAUUCGGAAAGUUAUUGUUGUGGAUGGGACUUUCUUGAAGAGCAAAUACAAAGGAGUGUUACUUGUUGCUACUGCUUUGGAUGGAAACUCGAACCUAUAUCCUAUUGCAUUUGGAGUUGUCGACUCAGAGAAUGACCGCUCGUGGGAAUGGUUUAUGAGACAACUUAAUGUUGUCAUUGCUGAUGAUCAGGGUUUAGCUUUUGUGUCUGACCGGAAUACUUCACUUGCUAAAGCUAUUGCAAAAGUGUAUCCGCAUGCUCAUCACGGAAUUUUCAUUCACCACUUGCUGAACAAUGUUGUUACAUAUUUCAAGGGUAAAGGAGUCGCUGGUUUGGUUGCAAAGGCUUCUAAAGCUUACCGAGUUGCUGAUUUUAAGAAGCAAUUCACUGCUAUUUUCUCAAUUAGUCCUGCAAUUGGAACCUAUCUAAUACAAGCUGAUGUGAGAAAGUGGGCUCGUUGUCAAUUUCCGGGUUACAGAACUUUAAGUUCUAAGCAUAAACAUCCACUGACCGUUGCUGUAGAGAAGAAAAUUGAUCGAAGGAUUGAGAAGGGUAAGAAGUUUCAGGUUUUCCCAGUUAGCGAUGACAGACACGCCAUAAAAGCAGCUUUCAGCGUAGGCAUACAAGCACACACACUCACUGACGACAUGUACACCACUGCUUCAUGGAGAUCGAUUUAUGAGGAAAGCAUAAAUCCUAUUGGUGUCCCGGAAGAUGCAUGGAUUGUCCCAUCUCAUGUUCAGCAAGCGAAAGUCCUUCCUCCAGAAACUAGAAGAGCUGCAGGUCGGAGAAAGAAACGUAGGUACGAGACAGUUGAAGACAAGAUCCGCUCGUCACAAGGAACUCAAACCUCUAAACGUCGUAAAUGCAGUCGAUGUGGUGUUGAAGGUCACAACCGGUCGACCUGUGAUAGAGCAAUAUAG